UUAAAGACAAAACAGAGGAUAUAUCACUAAAAUGUAUUCCCCAAUGAAGAACGUAAAAAUGUUUUUCAACUACCUCAUAACCCAUCUCUCCAAGCUCUGUUUCCUCUCAUUAUUGGCUGCUAUGGCCAUGAAAGCCUCUCGUCUUUCUACACAAGAUCUCCACAACUUGUACCUCUACUUACAGAACAACCUCACAUCUCUUACCAUAUUCUCCCUCCCUCUCGCUCUCGCGUUGACCCUCUACAUCAUGACCCGACCCAAACCCGUUUACCUUGUCGACUUCAGCUGCUAUCUCCCACCGUCUCAUCUCAAAGUCAGCAUCCAGAAGAUCAUGCACCACGUACGAGUUAUACGAGAAUCAGGCAUGUGGUUGGAGAACAAUGAGAACGAUUACUUGAUGGACUUCGUCGAGAAGAUUCUAGAACGUUCCGGUCUCGGCCAAGAGACCUACAUACCGGAAGGUCUUCAUUGUCUGCCGCUAGAACAAACGAUGGCUGCGGCUCGCAAAGAGACUGAAGAAGUUAUAUUAGGAGCGGUCGAUAAUCUGUUUCGCAACACCCAAAUUAGCCCUAGUGAUAUAGGUAUAUUGGUGGUGAAUUCAAGCACCUUCAAUCCAACUCCAUCGUUAGCAACAAUCAUAGUGAACAAGUAUAAACUUAGGGAUGAUAUAAAGAGCUUGAAUCUUGGUGGGAUGGGGUGUAGUGCAGGAGUUAUUGCUAUUGAUGUCGCCAAGAGUUUGUUACAAGUACAUAGAAACACUUAUGCUCUUGUGGUUAGUACUGAGAACAUAACUCAAAACUUGUACUUAGGUAACAACAAAUCAAUGUUGGUUACAAACUGUUUGUUCCGGGUAGGUGGGGCUGCGGUUUUGCUUUCUAACCUGUCUAAAGACCGAAAACGUGCGAAAUACGAGCUUGUUCAUACGGUAAGGGUCCAUACCGGAGCAGAUGACCGAUCCUAUGGAUGCGCAACACAAGAAGAAGAUGAAGAUGGCGUAGUAGGAGUUUCCUUGUCGAAGGAUCUACCUACGGUAGCUGCAAGAACCCUAAAGAUCAAUAUCGCAACUUUGGGUCCACUUGUUCUUCCCAUAAGCGAGAAGCUUCUCUUCUUUGUGACGUUCGUUAGAAAGAAGUUUUUCGACCCCAAGAUCAAGCAUUACAUGCCGGAUUUCAAGCUCGCUUUCGAGCAUUUCUGUAUCCAUGCGGGUGGUAGAGCACUUAUAGAUGAGCUAGAGAAGAAUCUUCAUCUCUCUCCGUUACACGUUGAAGCAUCAAGAAUGACUUUGCACAGGUUUGGUAAUACCUCUUCGAGCUCUAUCUGGUACGAGUUGGCUUACACAGAAGCCAAAGGAAGGAUGAAGAAAGGAGACAGGAUUUGGCAGAUUGCGUUGGGGUCAGGUUUUAAGUGUAAUAGUUCUGUUUGGGUGGCUCUUCGUAACGUCAAGCCUUCUCCUAAUAAUCCUUGGGAAGACUGUCUGCACAAAUAUCCGGUUGAGAUCGAUAUAUGAUUGAAGAGAGUGUUCAAUUCAUCGUUAUAAAUUUAAUUACGAAAAUAGAGAUAUAAAUAGACUGGUUUUAUAUCGCGUACUUGGUCACUCCAAAUUUGUAAAACUAAUAAUGUCUCCUUUCUCUCUAUGUAUUAAUGUAUGUAUUGCUCUUAUCAAUAUAUAUACGGUUUU